AUUGAAGAAUCUCUUAUUCUCAAUUCAGAGUCAGACCAGUAUGUCUUUAGUCAUCGCAACAAAUUUGAUGUAGUUGUGUAUUAUGACCAAAGUUCCCAAGGAAUACAUGAUGAAAGUGAAACACUACGAAAUUUGAAAUUGGCUAUCUAUCAACUCGAAUUCACAAAAAAGCUCGGAAGAGUACCUAUGCUUCUAGCUGGUGGGUUUGAUGCCUGGCAAGAAAAAAUAGGA